AUGGGGAAAAGUCUCGUAUUGCAGGUCAGUGAAGCUGACACGGUGAUAAUAGGUGAUGUGAGUUACGUUAAAAAGCGAAAACUCGGCACAGGGGGAAGUGGUUCCGUUUACGAAGUUAUGAGAGAGGACAAUGAAAAGAAGUACGCGCUGAAAGAGGUGUCCCUUCGUCAGCAUGGGAGCAUUUUUCGAGGAGAAGUGGAACGGUUACAAGCACUCAAAAAUUGCCCUCACAUCAUCGAUCUGAUUGCACACGACUUCGUAGCAAACGACACCAUACUCCGAAUGGUGUUGGAGUUGGGGGAGAUGGAUCUUGAAGAUAAGUGGAAGAAAAAUAAGGGCAAAUUCGAUGCGGCCACCGUGAGAUCGUACGCAUACGAGAUUGGCAAGGGUAUUCAGGAAAUGCAUAACAAUUCUAUAAUUCAUUUGGAUAUCAAACUCGCUAAUGUGCUAUUUAUUGAUGGUGCUUUGAAAAUUGUCGACUUGGGAUUGUCGGCCACGUUACGUGAAAAAGAGGUGAAUCGUUACUGGGACAAGGACAGCUGA